UGGACUGUGCAAACUACAUUUUCUUCUCUUUACCUUUAGUUACGCGAAUGCUCUUAUACAAUCAACAAGCUUUAUUUAUUAGAAUAUUUUUAGCUCGUCACAAACGAUUAUAACUAUUUCCUAUUAAAAUAUAAAAAUAGACCUAAAUCACAGUGUAUUAAUCAAUCAACAUACGCUGCACAAUGAAUAGUAGUAUUUUCAUAUGAAUAUUACAGACUAAAAUUGGAUUUCUUAAAAAAAAAUUAACUAAAUUGAGACUUCUUGAUUAAGGGGUAUUUUUUCAGAAUCAGAGUACAAAUGCCUGCUCGAAAAGGUUUACUUGCACCUCAAAAUACUUUCCUUGAUACUAUUGCUACACGUUUCGAUGGAACUCACAGUAAUUUCGUGCUGGGUAAUGCUCAAGUAUCAACAGUUUAUCCAAUCGUUUACUGUUCUGAUGGAUUCUGUGAACUGACUGGAUUCCAGCGCGCACAAAUCAUGCAGAAAAGUUGUGCUUGUAAAUUUUUAUAUGGACCGGAAACUGCUGAAGAAGACAAGGCUCUUAUAUCGAAAAGCCUGGAAAGUAAAACUGAAUUAAAACUGAAAGUUAUACUUUAUAAAAAAUGCGGUACUCCUUUUAAUUGCUUAUUAGAUAUCGUUCCAAUAAAAAAUGAAAAAGGCGAUGUUGUAUUAUUUCUUGCAUCCCACAAGGAAAUAUCACAGACUAAAUUUUUUCCAAUGUUUGAAAUUCCAGGAAAUGAUGCUGAAAACAACAUUGAUCCUGAAGCUUCAUCACAUGAUUAUGGUGGAAGACGAAGGAGUCGUGGUAUAUUAUAUACUCUUUCUGGUCAUUACAAUCAAGAUGGAAACCAUAGACUCCUCAAUAAACCACUUUUUCAUGCUUCAACCACACCUUUACCAGAAUAUAAAACAACCACAGCUGAAAAAUCAACCUUCACUCUAAGUCAUUAUGGUGGAUUUAAAUCUUGCUGGGAUUGGUUAACGCUUGUCGCUACAUUUUAUGUGGCAAUAAUUGUUCCAUAUAAUGCAAGCUUCAUAAGCAGUGAUCGACCUACAAUGAUUAGUGAUGUUGUUGUUGAAGCACUAUUUAUGUUUGACAUAGUAUUGAAUUUUCGAACGACCUAUGUCAGCAGAAAAGGAAAACUGGUAAUUAAUGGUCGUAAAAUAGCCACAAAUUAUCUUAGAAGCUGGUUUCUUAUCGAUCUUCUUGCAGCUUUACCAUUUGAUUUAUUGUAUGCUUUUGAUGUUUACAGUGGAGAGGAAUCCGGACAUAGUCACAUCCAUCUAGUAAAACUUACUCGUUUGCUGCGGUUAGCUCGAAUACUCCAAAGGAUGGAUCGGUAUUCGCAAUAUAGUGCUUUAAUUCUUACAUUACUGAUGUUAUCGUUUACGAUAGUGGCACAUUGGCUUGCGUGCAUUUGGUACGUAAUUGCUGAUAAAGAGAGACUCCAUAAUAACAAAGAGUGGAAUCUAAGUUGGAUGCAUACCCUUGCUGAACGAUUAAAAAUUCCAGUUCAAAAUAUCACACAUACUGAAAGCUACGUUACAGCUCUUUAUUUCACUUGCAGCAGUCUCACGUCUGUUGGUUUUGGAAAUGUUUCAGCAAAUACCACAUAUGAAAAAGUAUUUUCAAUUUGUACCAUGUUGAUAGGAGCCUUAAUGCAUGCCUUAGUUUUUGGCAACGUGACAGCAAUCAUUCAAAGAAUAUAUUCUCGACGAUCUCUUUAUCACACGAAAUUGCGUGACUUGAAAGACUUCAUGACAUUGCAUCAAAUACCUGAUCAACUGAAACAAAGAAUGCAAGAUUAUUUUCAAACCACAUGGUCUCUGAAUCACGGAAUUGAUAUACACGAAACGCUUAGAGAGUUUCCGGAAGAACUGAGGGGUGAUGUAUCGAUGCAUCUUCAUCGUGAAAUUCUAAGUUUACCAAUAUUUGCCACUGCAUCGCAAGGAUGUUUAAAAUUGAUAUCUCAUAAUAUUCGUAGUAAUUUUUAUGCACCAGAAGAAUAUCUUGUAAGGAAAGGUGAUGCUCUAUCUUACAUAUAUUACCUAUGCAAUGGGUCUAUGGAGGUUGAACAAAAUGAAAUGGUUGUAGCAAUAUUAGGGAAAGGAGAUCUUGUUGGCUGUGAUAUAAAUGUGUAUUUACAAAAUUGCAAUAAUGGCGGGGGCAAUUUAUUAGGAAGCGCUGGAGAUAUUAUUGUUAGAUCGAGUUGUGAUGUUAAAGCAUUAACUUAUUGUUAUCUCAAGUGUAUUAAUAUACAAGGUCUUAUUGACGUGCUUCGAUUAUACCCUGAAUACCAACAACAAUUCUCACAAGAUAUUGUUCACGACCUUACCUAUAAUCUACGCGAAGGAUAUGAAGCUGAACACGAAUCGGAUAUGAAUGGUAUUCAGUCAUUAACACUACCAUCUAUUAGUGAAGAUGAUGAGAAUAUUCCUGAAGAGAGCGAGGUGUCUCCUUUAUCUCCUUCUAAUAGAUCACCUUCUUAUGUAACAAGUCCAGGACACCCUAAACUUCGUGAUAGAACUGGUAAAGGAGUAUCAAAAAAUAAGGUCAAGAUAGUAGCUAAUGAACUAGUUGAGUGUGAAUCCGAAACCAAAGAAAAAGUUCAAACAUCUGGAGUUUUGACGACGCAUGAAGAUAUAGUCAAUUUAAUUGAAGAGCUGAAAAAUACUAUCAAGACUUUACAAAUGUUGAUGCAUUCACCUCAUCGUAAUUCAAGCUUGCCCAUGUUGAUAGACUAUAAUGGAUCCAAAAAUCGGUUUCUGGUUAAAAGUCUAUCUUAUCUACCUAGUCGAUUACCUUGGAAUAAGUCAAUACGAUAUCAUAAUGCCAGUACACAAACAGAGUUGCCGUUAGAUUUUGGAGAACUUUGGAUACGAAACAAUGCUCAUCGAGUAUUAAACAUUCUGGGAAUAAAUAAUACAGAUAUUUUUUUUAAUCGACAGCACAUGUCACAUAGAGCAUCACCAUCUUCUCUAUCAUCUGUACCAUAUGAACUACUUUCACAUAUUGGUGCUACGCCUCCACGGUCACCAAAAGGAAGCUUUGAAUUAAGUAAUCAUCAGAGGAGUUCAAAAUCAUCAGAAAAACAAAGGCUAUUUCAAGCUGCCUGGAGUAACAAUAUUCUCCCUCACAGUUUUAGUGCUAGUGAUGCAGAAAUUACUGACUGCUCAGUUUUAAAUGAAAUACAGUGUCUCCGAAAGUCUCAUUCUCUCAAAUAUGAUACUUUCAACAGCUGAAUAAAACACAUAAUCGUUCAAAAAGACACAGAUUUGAUGAUAUAUAUAUAUAUAUGUUAUAACAUUCUGCUCUAUCAUGAUUUCUUUUUCAUACUGACUUCUUAAAAUCU